AUGAGCAGCGAUGACCGCGAAAAGUUUUAUUCAUGGUACAACGAGCAAGUCCGGCGUCAGUACGAGUUCGACUUUCAAGCCGAAAUUCUUCGAUAUUGUCAAUCCGAUGUGGACAUUUUGCGUCGCUGUUGUCUCGAGUUCCGCGAACUUUUCAGCCAAAUCACAGAUGUUGACCCUUUUGCCUCUUGUCUCACCAUUGCCUCUGCUUGUAAUCUCGUCUUCCGUAAAACGUUCCUCCAGGAGAACACCAUCGCCGUCAUUCCUCCUUGCGGGUACAAGCCUGAAAACAAACAGUCCGUCAUCGCCUUGAAGAUGCUGGCCUGGGUCGCUCAACGUGAUAACAUCGCCAUUCGCCACGCCCGGAACCACGGAGAACAGCGCAUUGACAAGUACCUUGUCGAUGGUUUCAACGUUGAGACAAACACUGUUUGGGAAAUUCAAGGAUGCCUGUGGCAUGGAUGCGAAAGAUGUUAUGCUAGAGAUACCGUGAAUCCGAUCAACCAUAUGACCAUGCAAGAUCUUAAGCAGCGAACCCUAGAGAAAAUCCAAUUCCUAAAGAACAACGGAUACAAUGUCGUAGAGAUUUGGACGUGUGAUAUUGAGCGUCAACUUGCCACUGAAUCCGAGAUGAAGGAUUUCUUCGACAAUUUCCAGAUUUCUGAACCUCAUGAACCUCGUCAUGCAUUCUUUGGUGGAAGGACUAACGCAACACGUCUAUAUUACGACGUCCAGCCAGAAGAGAAGAUCCGCUAUGUGGAUUUCUGCAGCCUCUACCCAUGGUAUGUAUCUUGUUGAAGUCUUUUAACUCAAACGUGCUUGUCGUUAACCUUCUUAAGCAAUUUUUAGGUGUAACAAAUACGGCGAGUAUCCGAUUGGCCAUCCCGAGAUUAUUACUGAGAACUUCCAACCUAUCAGUGACUACUUUGGUUUGGUGAAAUGUUCUGUGCUUCCUCCUCGUGCCCUAUACCACCCCGUCCUCCCUUACCGUACUCAGGGUAAAUUGAUGUUCCCGUUGUGUCGUACCUGCGCAGACAACCUUCAACAAGAGUCCUGCCAUCACAGCGACGCCGAGCGAACACUUCAUGGGACGUGGGUGGCUUUGGAGCUCGAGAAAGCACUAGGGAAAGGCUACGAAUUGAUGAGAGUCGACGAAGUUUGGCACUUCCCCGAGCACACGGAUGGACUGUUUAAGGACUACAUUGACACAUUCCUCAAAAUCAAACAAGAGGUAAGGUUUCAUCACAUGUAUGAUAUUGUCACAUUAUUAGUUCCUUAUUAUUCCUUUCUCUUUUGCAGGCGAGUGGCUUUCCUUCGGAAUGUGACACCGACGAGAAGAAGGGGCAGUACAUCGCUGACUACGCCACCAAAGAAGGUAUUCAGCUGGAUCCAAGACAAAUUGUGAAGAAUCCUGGUCUGAGGGCGUUGGCGAAGCUCAUGUUGAACUCUUUUUGGGGUAAGUGCAAUGGAAAAUUGUCCACUAAUUGUACUUGUUUUUUCCUAGGGAAAAAACAAGUGUUUGUUAAAAAUCUAUCAUUUCUUGUAGGAAAGUUUGCGCAACGACCCAACAUGACCAAGGUCAAAAUCAUAUCGGAUCCAGCUGAAUAUUUUGACCUCCUCUCCAGCGAUCAGAUUAACGUCACCGACGCAAACUUCAAAUUUCAAAGUGGUCACCGAGGAAUGUUUGUUUCGCGUACGACGAGUUAACGUAGCCCCUAGCAUUAUACUGGCUCAUUCCCAGUCCCUUCAACAAAUCACUGCCAAAUACCCAAUCAACAGGAUCGACUGUAAGGUUGUCUCCGUACCUCGGGGGAAUAUGUCUGGAAAUCAACCUAAUAUAUUUCAAGGUGGUUUACCAAAUCGUAUCGUGAUUGGAAUGGUCGACGCGGAUGCCUUUAACGGUACAUAUACGAAGAACCCGUUCAAUUUUAAAAAUUACGAUAUCACAACCAUGGGUCUCACUGUCAACGGAGAGAACUUGCCUGGAAAACCACUACAGUUGAAAUUUGGAGCAGACAGUAAUUACAUUUCUGCUUUUCAAACCCUGUACGCUGGUACACACAAGAUUUUUGAAAAUCAGGGUAAUGGUAUAACGCGUGAAGAAUAUGCAAACGGUUAUACACUGUUUGUGUUUGACCUCACACCAGACCUGUGCAUUGGUGAUCAUGUACAACCGAUUAAAAACGGAAAUGUGUCAGUUGAAUGCCGAUUUGGAACACCGUUGGAAGCGGCUAUAAAUAUCGUGGUGCUUGAUGAAUUUCAAAGUCUUAUCGAAAUUGAUGCGAACCGGAACGUACUGUGUGAUUUCAACAAUUGA